AUGGGUACGGGGUUCGUCAUCGGCGUGCUUGGAGUUCUGAUCCUUUCCCACGCGGCCUACUCUACCAUACAGUAUAGAGCGUUGCUUAAGAUCACAGAGGAGGAGUUCUCUGGACCCCCUAUCAACGUCGUAUUGGAGCUGAUUUUUGGAUUGAUUUUGUGCGUGUGGGCUGCACUGACUGUGCCAGGGAAGUUUUUAUCUAUACUCCCUGAUUCAGAUGAGAACAGGUGCAAUUAA